AUGGGAUCAGUUUGUGCAAAGAAAAAAGAAGCUAGGAUUAAUUAAGUUAUACAGGAACAUUCUGCCUCACCUUAUAUGCAUGAUCAGCAAUCCUCCUUGUUAUUAUAAGAUAAAAAGACCUAACCUUAGACAUUAAUCAAAGUCAAAAUCCCUAAAAAAAACAAAAAAGUGAGAGAAACUGUCAAGGCUGUCACACUCAAAAAUGAAGAAGGAUAAAAGAUGUUAAAUGAUUAUGUUUUCGAUGAGUUUUUAGGUCAAGGUGCCUUUGGUAAAGUCAAACUGGCUCAUAAGAAAGGAGAUCCCACUCAAAGAUUUGCCAUUAAAAUACUUAAAAAAAGCAAACUUAAACGAUAAAGAGAGUUUGUCAAAGAUGCCAAUGGAAAUCUAGUUGUCAAGGAUGCUUUGCAAGAUGUCAAAAAGGAAAUUGCUAUCAUGAAAAAACUAAGACACAACAACCUUAUUCAACUUUAUGAAGUGAUUGACAAUCCUACAAGUGAUAAAUUGUUUAUGGGUAAAUUUCCUCAUUUUUACACUCUAGUCCUUGAAUUUGCAGAAGGAGGUCAACUCAUUGAAUGGGAUGAUGAUGAAGGCAAAUUUUAUAAAUUGAACGAGGAUGAAGAAUUAACCGAAGAUAUUCUUUCUUCUCUUUUUCGAGAUUGCAUAAAAGGCUUAGCAUUCCUCCAUAAAAAUAAAGUUGUACACAGAGAUCUCAAACCUCAAAAUGUAUUGAUGUCUGGUAAAACUGCUAAAAUUGCAGAUUUCGGAGUUUCUUAAGUUGUCGGUUCCAAAAAUGAUGUGCUUGAAAACACAUAAGGAACUUAUUAUUUUAUGCCUCCAGAAGCAUGCAAUAAAGAAACAGCCAAAGAUGGAUAUUCUGGUCGUGCUGCAGAUAUCUGGGCACUUGGAGUAACCUUCUAUGCCUUCACCUACUUAACUGUUCCUUUCACUGGAAACAGCAUUCCUGACAUACUGAAGAACAUUUCAGAAAAUGAAGUUGAAUUUCCAGAGAAUUUUGCCAUUAGUGAUGGUCUUAAAGAAUUUAUUCAUUUCAUCUUGAAUAAGGAUCCAAAGAAGAGACCAUCUAUAAGUGAAAUUGCUAAGCAUCCCUGGAUUAAUCAAAGCUCUGCUUAACUAUUAGAUGAAAUGGAUCAAGAAGAAAAAGUUAUGGAAGUUUCAUAAGUGGAUAUUGAUAAUGCAUAUUCUUUAGUUUCAUUGAUGAAAAUUAAAAGCUGGGCAUAAAAGUGGAGAACAGAAUCUAAUCUAAAAAAGGCUGGGCCUUAAAAUUCAGUUGAAGAAAUAGAGAUUAAGUGA